AUGACGACAGCGGGGUGGUGCAGCAUCUUCAUGCCCAUGGAUCCUCCCUUCCAGCAAGCCGCCUCACAAUCCAGCACUGCCGGCAGCUUCCCCCGGCUUGAAGUAUUAGACCCCGCGACGCCGCAUACCUUCAGCACUCCGUCCAAGCAGAUCAACGAUGGGCCAGACGUUGCGCGUUUCCUCACCUCCAAGGCAUACCGAGACAUCGGUACGUUCGUCCUGCAGCUAAAUCGUGCGCUGUGCCCUCGGAAAAGCGACGGCGGGCCGUCCAAGACUUUCCCUCUGGGUGUAAAACGCUCAGAAUCAGAAUCCAUCCGCAAACUGCAGCUGCUAUUAGAGAAGGCUGGGAGCUUCAUCGAGGAGGCGCCGCCAGACCCUGGCCCGAGGAGAUUCGGCAAUGUCAGCUUUCGGACGUGGCAUAAGCUACUAGAGGAGCGCGCGACGAGUCUGUUGAAGGAGUAUCUGCCGAGUGAAAUCCUCCAGUUUCCCGCGACUUCUCGGGAGACAUCUAGUGAUGACGAGGCGUCUUCAAGUGAAGGAGCGAUCGACGAACUGAAGUCUUACUUCCUGGGAAGCUUCGGUAGCUCUCAGAGGUUAGAUUAUGGGACUGGCCACGAGCUGAGCUUUCUGGCUUUCUUGGGGUGUCUUUGGAAGCUCGGUGCUUUCAAAAAUGAAGCCCAAGACGGGGAGAUCGAGCGAAGUAUAGUGCUCGAAGUCUUUGAACCCUAUCUCAAAGUCGUUCGUCGGCUAAUCCUGACGUACACUCUAGAGCCAGCAGGUUCUCAUGGAGUUUGGGGGCUUGACGAUCACUCGUUCAUGCCGUAUAUCUUUGGCUCCGCUCAAUUAACACGGCCCAUUACUGAAAGCGAAGUUAUGCCGCUUGAGGGAUCAGUAGAGCGAGCUCCUAGACCUAGCGAUGUCACGAAACCGGCCUCGGUUGAGAGGUUGCGGGAAGUCAACAUGUACUUCUCCGCCAUAGGGUUCAUCAACGAUGUCAAAAAGGGACCGUUCUGGGAGCACUCCCCUAUUCUCUUUGAUAUCUCAGGUAUCAAAGAUGGAUGGGGCAAGAUUAACAAGGGCAUGAUCAAGAUGUUCAACGCCGAGGUCCUCUCCAAGUUCCCCGUCGUGCAGCACUUCCCAUUCGGCUCGCUGUUCAGCUGGGAGCAAGACCCGAACGCCGCCACUCCACAACAAACCAUCCACAUGGCGAACCAGCCAACCACCAUGCCCGGUCCAGCUGCUGGCGCAGGGACCGCAGCACCAUGGUCGCAAGCUACUCAGAUGCCAGGUCCUGCCGGCCCUGGAGUGCCUUACUCAAGAGCGCCGUGGGCUUCGUCCGGCACGGGGAGCAAUGCGCCAUCAAUGACGGCGCGGCCCCCGCCUCCUACCCAGCCGGCGGGUCUGCCGGGGACGGCCGGCGCGCAGAUCACAAUGACACGGGCGCCGUGGGCAAGGGGUGAGCCGGGGAGUGGUUGA